AUGAAGACUUGCUCAUUCGCACACGUCGGCAAUGUGGUCGCCUUCAUUCACAAACCGACGCAGAGCUGGGAGCAGACUAUAGACAACGAGAAGUGUAUUUUGGGUAGUGUUACAUGCAUGGUGGGAAUGGCAGAGAUUAGGGGUGCGGAUGUAUGA